CGAGCGGUUAAAAAUACGGAAUUAAAAAAUGCAAAAUUAUAAAAAUUGAAAAUAGAAAAGUUCUUGUCCCGCGGCCCGUGUGCUGCCCCCUCGGGCCGUGGCCCGGAACGCCCGGGAGCUUGUGGCCAUCCCUUUACGUGCCCGUCCUUAGCCCGCCGUGGAUGGAGGUGCCCGUGCCUUGUCCCGCCGUCACCGCGGGAGCCGUGCUGGAUGACCGGCACUGCGCUCGCUUGGGUUUGUAGUGCGGUGUUGCUGGAAAAUAGCUGAAAAUAAAACGGAGCAGGGAAGAUGGGUAUUUUCCUGGGAGGUAAAGAACCAGUACAUGGUAAUUCCAUCACCUUCUGGCCAUCCCAAUGAUGAAAUCAGAAGCUAAGGAUGGAGAAGAGGAAAGCCUGCAGACAGCCUUCAAAAAGCUGAGAGUUGACACAGCUGGAUCGACCGCUUCUCUCUCUGUGGGUGAUGGGACAAGUCCCAGAACAAUAGUUAGAACAGUGGCAGAUGAAACCAAGCCUAAGAAUGUGUGUGCUUCUAAGGAAACCUGGCAUGGGUCUGUGAAGAAGCCUUUGAGAGGAGUUGUGAGAACCCAGCGUCGCAGGCGUUCCAAGUCUCCAAUUCUUCAUCCUCCAAAGUUUAUCCAUUGCAGCACAAAAUCACAUUCCACAUGCAGCCAGCUGGUGCAGAAGAGCCAGGGUGAUGCCCAGGAGGACAGCAGUGGGUUUGGGAUGCCAGUCCCAAAGGAAGCUUGUGCACAUGAACACUGCAGCGUCGCUCCGGACGUUUGCCAGAAGGGAGCUGCUGAGCCUUUGGGAGUUUCUGUUGCACAGUUGACAUCAGAGAACACACAGGAGAACUCUCCAGCUGCAGCUUCUCCAGUAUCCAGAGCAAGCCUAAAGACUACGGAGCUUUCUGACUUCCAGUCUAUGUCCAAGCUGAACACGAGUAAGCCAUGUGUGUGUGCAGAUAAAGCCUGUCAGUGCAAACUGUGGCAAGAUAUGGAAGUGUACAAAUUCUCUGGCUUGCAGAACACCCUCCCGCUGGCACCUGAUAGAAUGGUUUCUGAGGAUCACUCACAGCCUUUGCCCUCAAGAACUCCCUCAAGUUCUCCACGCUCUUGCUCUGAGCAAGCCAGGGCCUUUGUGGAUGAUGUGACUAUUGAAGAUCUUUCGGGAUACAUGGAGUAUUACUUGUAUAUUCCAAAGAAAAUGUCUCACAUGGCAGAAAUGAUGUACACCUGACAGCAAUGAGCACUAAAACCAGAAGGGUGGCUGGUUUAAAUCUGCCCUCAGGCACAUCAUGUGAAUAUGCAACCCACUCCCUACUCACUGUGCUUGCAAUAAAAACACUUGUUUGCAUCUCA